UGGAGGCAGCAUGGGAGGGGAGACAACACGGUACAUGAAGGUUGGAUGCCUUCUGGACUUCAUUGAUGUGUUCACUGCCAUCAGAACUAACCCAUAGAAGUAGUCAAAAAAUACUACAUAAACAAUCAAUCAUCUUGGUCAUUACAGUUGGCAGAGCACUGCUGUAAUCAGCAAGGCUUAAUCCCUUGUUUUAUUCAAUUCCUCAGUUUUCAAAUUAUCUUUUUUAUUUUUUGUGAAAGGUGGCUAGCAGGCUGAGAGGCAAGAAGGUAAAAGGGUUGUGAGAUUUGAUGUUUGCUAUUUUAUCCAUUGCAAAAUAAAAAUACAGUAUUGCCGAAGUAGUAGGUGUGGACAUUAAGAAGUUGGCACUUGGAAACAAGACAGGAGGUUGCUUCUGUAACAUCUCCAGGGCUGCCAGUCCCUCACUAUCCUGGCUGCCUAUAUGUCAUUCCAGUUAAGGACAUACUGGGGCUCAGUGCCUGCUUCGUGCCUGUGUUUGUCAUGGUAACAUGUCUGUCCUGACCUGUAUCUCUGACUCUACCUAUGGAUGUUUCCCCAGAAGAGCAGGCUGGGGCUGCUGUGUCUGGCUCCCUGAAAUGUACUGUCAUCGAGGUGAUAGGGGACAAAACAAAGCAACAGCCGUGUUUCCUUAGCUCUAGCAGUAAAAGUUAGAGGGAGCCAAAAUUUUAGUAUUUAUGGCCAGCGGAAAAUAGUAAUUGAUCAGGAAAAGUUCAGUCUGCUGUCACUCUUGAUCACAUAGCUCUUCUUGAUCACAGAACUAUCUGGGAUGUUCUCCAAAUGGUACUUGAACCCUGCUGAGAUAACUUAUUUUUUCCUAUCAAAGGCUGAAUGAAAAUAUCAAAUCUGUUGUAGGAACUGUUUUUCUGGACACUUGUUCUUUCUUUCCCCAGACCAUAGCAAUCUGUUGCUGUAAGACUAUUUCUUCACUGACUUGGCUUAAUGGUUGAAAUUCCUUUAUAAUAAACUGUUUAAGACAUCAAAGCAUAGGUUGGUGACAGGUUGGGCUGCUGUCCCCUCAGUGUCUGGCUCAGGGGGUUUCCCUGAGAGCCCAUCUCAGGUACAGAGCUGGGUGGGAAGUGGUUGCAGCAGCACCUCCACUGCCAGAGAGCAAGGGGCAGCCAGAAAGGAGCCAGCAGGAGCUGACUCAUCACCAAACAUACCUGCCUGCCUCCUCCAGACAUGGUACAUCUGAAACAAUGUCCCCUGGCUGCUGCUUCACCCCUCAGUGCAGCCUGGCAGAGGGUGGGGUGUCCAUUGCUAGCACCGAGUGGUCACAGUAAUACACUUCACCCCCUUUUUUCCUUGGAAGGUGGGUAUAACUUGAAAUAAGAGGCAGUAUGAGACAAAAUGGUGGUGUCAUGUAUUUGGCUUUGUUUUAAGCACAUGCCAACAGCAUUUGUAGUCUUAUGAAAUACACAGUAGUUUUCUAUUUUCUCAUUGCUGUAAACUGUACAGCACUGGAAACCAGUGCUCCGAGUAGGAGGAAAAAUACAAUAGUAGCUUUUAAUCAGCUUUCAUUUUUGCCACCUACGAAACAAGACUUCUCUAAUACAGCAGUCCAGCUGUUUUAGCAUUUCUAGAAGUUUUCAUCCUCUGGCAGUGUUUAAGGGAAUAGGCUAUUCUAGUUUUCACUACCAAGAAGGCUAGUAGUUGUCGCUGUACGAGAGGCAGAAAGCAGCAGAGAGUUACCAGAGGACAAUCCUUCAGAUUGAUAAGGAGAAUAAGACAGUUUAUCAAGCUACAGGAGCAUCUCUUCUCAUGCAUCCCUCGAGCUCCAUAGCAGAAACCUGUCUGCUCCAGACCAGGUGCUCAUUUCCAGACAUAGAGCUCUUUGUGAAGGCUGGCAGUGAUGGGGAAAGUAUUGGAAAUUGCCCAUUCUCUCAGCGUCUCUUUAUGAUUCUGUGGCUAAAAGGUGUCAUAUUUAAUGUCACAACAGUGGAUUUGAAAAGAAAGCCUGCAGACCUGCAGAACCUUGCCCCAGGAACAAACCCGCCCUUCAUGACAUUUGAUGGUGAAGUGAAAACCGAUGUUAAUAAGAUUGAGGAGUUCUUGGAAGAAAAGCUAGCGCCGCCCCGGUAUCCCAAACUUGCACCAAACCACCCUGAGUCUAAUUCUGCAGGAAAUGAUGUGUUUGCAAAGUUCUCUGCAUUCAUAAAGAACCCAAGAAAAGAUGCUAAUGAAAAUUUGGAAAAAUCUUUGCUUAAAGCCCUGAGGAAGCUGGACAACUAUUUAAAUAGCCCCUUGCCUGAUGAAAUUGAUGCUUAUAGCACUGAGGAGAUCACUGUUUCCAGCCGGAAAUUCCUGGAUGGAGAUGAGCUUACUUUAGCGGAUUGCAACCUCCUACCAAAGCUCCAUAUAAUCAAGGUGGUUGCAAAAAAAUAUAGAAAUUUUGAUUUUCCACCUGAAAUGACAGGGAUUUCAAGAUAUUUGAACAAUGCAUAUGCAAGAGAUGAAUUUACAAACACUUGUCCUGCUGAUCAAGAAAUCGAGUAUGCAUAUUUGGAUGUUGCAAAGAGAAUGAAGUAAACAGAAGAUGCUUCCAUUCUUGAUUGCUUCUGAGAUUUAGAUGGGCACCAGCCAAGAUGGAAAAAACGAAAGCCAACAUACAUUCUGCAGUGUAAUUUUAAGUUCUGCUUUGGGCCAAUCCUUCUUUUAUAAUGAUUGUAUAGCAUUAUGUUCAUUCUUAAAUUAUGUAUGUAUAUGUUUGUGUGUCUGUACAGAUGUCUGCACACAUGAAUGUCUGUUGUGCAUUCCAAGUUAAAGACAUCAGUCAAUAUUAAAGCAUUUGUUGAAGUUAGGGAAAUAGUGUAGGUCACACAAUUAUAGCAAUAUUGCAACCUAGUGACAUGCUAAAUUGCUGAGUUUUGAGAAGAAAUAGCUGUGUUUCUAACACAUUUAACCUGUCAUUGUUGCUGCCUCUGAUCUGUGUUUCACAGUUGUUGCCAAACUUCACAGUUAACGGGAGGGUUUCUGUUUGCUUCUCUGCAAGCCUUGGAGGGCCACAAGCCAGGAGCUGGUGCCCAGGCAGCACUCUGGUUCACCCAGGAGAGAGGCUAGCCUGUACGUGGGAACACACUUGACAUCCCAGAAGCCCUCUCCUCUGUGUUAGAGACCUGCAGGGCAGGUCAAUGAAGAACAACUUAUUUUCACAUUGUGUGAGUCUUCUUUGGCAUUAAAAAUAAAUAAAUAAAUAAAAUUUCCUGCCUUCUCCUAUCUCAGUGCUGCAUAACCCAUCAAACUUCCCUCCCAACCUUCCCCAGAGAGAGGAAUGUGGACUGUCACUGGCCUAGGGACUAUCUGAUAAUAGAUAUUUGACAAGAGAGGAGGAAGAUACUUGGUUGUCACUGUGGACAGAAGAAAUGGAUGAACACGUAUCCCCAGCUACUGAUGUAGGAUUUCUUGGUCAUCCUUCCAUGACUCUCACUUGGUUUUGGAAAGCAAAGAGGAGGAGAGGACCUAAGAAAGAAACAGUCCAUCUAUACUUCCUUUUCCUGGUUGAGCUCCAUCAUACUGGCUUUCCCAGGGCAGCUGUUAGGACUUCAAGGGCUUUACAGCUGAUCAGACAGGUAUCUGUCAGGAACAAUGUAGAUCUACCUCCUGCAGGGGAUGGAUUAGAUGAACUCCUCCAGCCUUGCAUGGGUCUGUGUUCAAGGCAGUCAGUACUGGUGAGAAACACCCUCUAGCCUGGCAUCAGGGAGCACACUAUUAGAGAUGUACGGACU